CUCCAGUACACUCGCCAGGUUACUGGUGUGUGAGCUGCAGUCCUUUGGUCCUCCGUGCAUUAAGCAUGUCUGGCUCCGGGCGAAAAGACUUCGAUGUGAAGCACAUCCUGCGACUCCGCUGGAAACUCUUCAGCCAUCCCUCGCCGGCCUCAGGUAGCCCAGCGGGGGGCAGCUGCCUGCAACAGGACAGCGGAGGAGGCAGCUUUGAGCACUGGGGUCCUAGCCAGAGUCGGCUGCUCAAAAACCAGGAAAAGGGCAGUGUGAGUGCUUUCUGGAAAAAACCUUCCUCCUCUUCGUCAUCAUCAUCAUCAUCAUCGUCGUCGUCGUCUGCUUCAUCCUCUCCUUUCAAUCCACUGAAUGGCACCCUGCUACCAGUUGCCACGAGGUUGCAGCAAGGGGCUCCCGGGCAGGGCACCCAGCAGCCCGCCAGGACUCUUUUCUACGUGGAGUCCCUAGAGGAGGAGGUAGUGACAGGCAUGGACUUUCCUGGACCACAGGACAAAGGAUUGUCCCUGAAAGAGCUCCAAGCGGAGCCUGCCAGCUCUAUCCAGGCAACAGGUGAAGGAUGUGGACACAGGUUGACAGCAACCAAUCAUUCAUUGACACCUCAAAGUGAUUUGGACUCCAGUAGCUCUGAAGAAUUCUAUCAAGCUGUUCACCAUGCUGAGCAAUCAUUUCGAAAGAUGGAGAAUUAUUUAAAGCAACAGCAGCUCUGUGAUGUCAUCCUGAUAGUUGGGAAUCGAAAGAUACCUGCUCAUAGGCUUGUUCUGAGUUCUGUCUCUGACUAUUUUGCUGCCAUGUUUACAAGUGAUGUCUGUGAAGCCAAGCAAGAGGAGAUCAAGAUGGAAGGCAUAGACCCAAAUGCACUCUGGGAUCUUGUGCAAUUUGCAUAUACAGGUUGUUUGGAAUUAAAAGAAGACACGAUUGAAAACCUCCUUGCAGCUGCGUGCCUUCUCCAGCUCCCUCAAGUGGUUGAAGUGUGUUGUCACUUCCUCAUGAAACUUCUGCAUCCAUCCAACUGUUUAGGAAUCCGGGCAUUUGCAGAUGCUCAAGGAUGUAUUGAAUUAAUGAAGGUGGCACACAGCUAUACCAUGGAAAACAUAAUGGAAGUCAUCAGAAAUCAAGAGUUUUUACUCCUCCCAGCUGAAGAGCUUCAUAAACUACUGGCCAGUGAUGAUGUCAAUGUUCCUGAUGAAGAGACCAUCUUCCAUGCAUUAAUGAUGUGGGUCAAGUAUGACAUGCAGCGGAGAUGCAGCGACCUGAGUAUGCUCCUUGCCUUCAUAAGAUUGCCCCUGCUUCCACCACAGAUACUGGCUGACCUUGAAAACCAUGCACUAUUCAAGAAUGAUCUGGAAUGUCAAAAACUGAUUCUGGAAGCAAUGAAAUAUCAUCUAUUGCCCGAAAGAAGAACUUUAAUGCAAAGCCCAAGAACUAAGCCCAGAAAAUCUACAGUUGGAACUCUUUAUGCAGUGGGGGGAAUGGAUAAUAACAAAGGAGUAACUGUGCUUGAAGGGCCUAUUUAUGCAGUGGGAGGCCAUGAUGGCUGGAGCUAUCUGAACACAGUGGAAAGAUGGGAUCCCCAGAGCCAGCAGUGGACAUAUGUAGCCAGUAUGACCAUUGCUCGGAGCACAGUAGGAGUGGCAGCUCUGAACGGCAAGUUGUAUUCAGUUGGGGGUCGAGAUGGAAGUUCUUGUUUGAGUUCAAUGGAGUAUUAUGAUCCUCAUACAAAUAAGUGGAGCAUGUGCGCACCGAUGUGUAAGAGGAGAGGGGGUGUUGGAGUGGCCACCUGUGAUGGCUUCCUUUAUGCAGUGGGAGGCCAUGAUGCUCCUGCUUCAAACCACUGUUCCAGGCUUCUGGACUAUGUUGAAAGGUACGAUCCAAAAACAGACACAUGGACCAUGGUGGCUCCUUUGAGUAUGCCUAGAGAUGCUGUUGGUGUCUGUCUCCUUGGCGACAGACUAUAUGCUGUAGGUGGGUAUGAUGGGCAGACGUACCUCAACACCAUGGAGUCCUAUGAUCCACAAACUAAUGAGUGGACACAGAUGGCUUCUCUGAAUAUUGGGAGAGCAGGUGCCUGUGUAGUUGUCAUCAAGCAACCUUGAUGGAUUUAUAUAGUGUUUGGAGGAAUUUUCUUUGCUACUGUGGUUGUUUUAUAUCAUGUGUUAAGAAUGAGAAAGAACUUCCUGAGACAAGAACUUCUCAGGAACAGGAUUUUUAUAAACUUACCUGCUCAUGCCAAAAGCAGUAAAAGAUCAAACAGAAUUAUAGAAAAAAAAAAAAAAAACAUCAGACACAACAUCUGGCCAAUAGUUAAUUAGUUCAGGAAUGGUUAUUGAUAGUGUUUUGCAUUGUAGCAUACAAUAACUAGAGUUACCAAAGGCGGGUUUAUCAAAAGGGACACAUAAUUGUGAUAUAGAUAGUUACUUAAUGACUAACCACUCAGUUGUUCUUAUAAUCUGUGAGGAUACCCAAGAGGCUGCCAAGAGUAGAAGUUAUACUAUUUCAUCUCACAAAAUCUGAAUGAUUUUAUGCUUUUCUACUCUAAAGUGAUGAUACCAAGAUGCAGAAUGUUUUGUUGAGACAAAUGUGCUUCUUUCUCAUUUUCCUCAGCUAUGAAAACAAUUAGAGAGACAGAUGACUGUCUCUUGCAUUCAGAAAACCGACUGCCCUGCUAAUCAAGGCUGCAUAUUGUAUCCAAUAUUAUGAUUGGAUUUUAUUACAACUAUGUCAUCAGUCUGGAACUGGCAAACAAAAAAAGCCUUUUCAUAAAGCUUGCCCCAUCGCUUUACAUUGUCAACACACUGAGCCAAAGAUUCACUACAGCUCUGGGCAUUUGUCUUGUACAGAGUUCAGUAUAAGCAUGGAUGCUAGUUAUUCUGAAUGUUGAUAUACCUGCUGCAUGCUGACGUCCCUUAGAAUUUUGUUCUUAAAAACAAAACUUAGAAUUUUGAGACAAAAUUUCCAACUCAUUAAAUUGGGAUGGUUAUAAUAACAACUAGAACGAUGACUGACUACAGAUUUGCACUCCCCAUUUUCAAACAUCUUACAUUGAUACACACAUUAUUUUAAACCAAAUGUUUGUAAGUGUUCCAGAGCAAAAUGUGGAACUUUUAUGUAACAUCAUUAAUAUAUGUUCAUGUAAAUUAUGAAGAUAGUUAAUAAAUGAUAGAGCA